AAAACUUGCUAUCGCUGUCCUUCGAACUGCUUCCCAAUUUUACUCUAUCUUUCUCUCUUCGUUUUCAUAAUCAUCUAUUUGAAGCUUAUCUUUCUCUCUACCAAAUCUCUGUCCCUCUGAUUCUCCAACAAGCUUUUCUUAGGGGACACUUUCGGUUUUUGGUGGAAGAAGUUUUGGUUUUGCAUUGCGAUUGAAGUUUUUCGUUUCGAGGGGUUAACUCCAGCGCCAUAAUUGUCUAAAUUUUGGAAGCUACCGGAUUUUCUUAUGGUAAGUAGCCAGAAUGGAAGUCCGUUUGGAUUUCUUGGAUUUGCUUCAACCCGACAUGUCGAGAAAGAUUUUAAUGUGCUUGGAUGAUAUUUCUGAUAUUGUUCGUGCGAGUGCCGUCUCACGAUGUUGGCAACAUUUGGUGAUAGAAAAUGGUCUAUCGAAGCAGCUCUGCUUUAGAUCAUUCCCUCAUUUGUCUAGAGUAGCUUCAAUUGUUGAAGUGAACAAUUCGGAAGUGAAUGGGAACAAAGAAGUAGCAUGUAGUAGUUCAAGAGAUUCCAAAUCUGCGCAGAGAGAUCACAGAGUUUAUGCUUAUCUUGCACAUGCAUCUACAUCAUUUCUUAUGAGACAUUGCAUUUCCGAGGCAAUUAUUGCUUCUAGCACUGAUAAUGAGCCUGAGGAAAGCAUCAAUAACACCUUGGAUGCAAGAGAUCUUGUUGCAAGGAGGGCUUCAUAUUGGUCAAGUAAAGGACAGUUUAAACCUGAUGUACCGGAGACGCUAAUAUACAAAUUGGUCUCCAAUUUAUGUGUUGUAUAUGAAAUUAACAUACGACCUUUCCAAGCAUUUUUUCAGACAGGUUUACCUAUAUACUCUGCGAAGGCUGUGCGUUUUCGGUUUGGUCACUUAACACACGUCAUCGAUCAUAGGAGUGAUUUGGUUGGAGAGUCACACUGUGGAUCUGCAAAAGAAACAUUUAUAUGGACAUAUACUUCUCCAGAAUUCCCAAUGGCUCAGGAAAGUUACUUGCAGAGGUUCAAACUUCCUGAACCUGUUCUUUGCAUAGGAGGUAUUCUGCAAGUUGAGCUGCUUGGCAGGGUACAAAGACAAGAAACAGAUGCUUUGUUCUACAUAUGUGUUUCUCAUGUUCAAGUUAUCGGGCGGCCAUUGUCGCCUGCAUUUGAUAUUGAAAUCCUUGAACCCUCAUGGGAUUUUAUAUUGAAAUGUAACCAUCAAGCAAAGGCUUCUAACCAAUUAAGCAUGCUUGAGAAUGAGCCGCGUACAAUCCUUCCCACGUAUUUGGGGAGGCGUGUAAUUGAAUUGCGACAGAUUGUGAAUAUGCUUCGGGGUAACGUAGUUCAAGGUGAGGAUUAUGCAUGGGGUGAGGAUGAAGAUGACAGAUGAUGAAGAUAACAUAAGAAGAAAAGAGGAAGAUUGUUGUUUGUGAUUUCUCUUACAUUUUGCCUUAAAACUGAAUCCCAUCCAUCUAGAAUUGUGACAAAUAAAUGCUGGUUUGUGUAUAUGAAUGUGAAAAGCACAGCUCUUCUUUUCGUUGCUUCAUAAAAUUGGAGUGUAGUAAAUAUUAUCAGUACUCUUACUCCUACACUGGAAAGCAUACAUUAUUUUGCUUUUUUACAUUUGGACUUUUUUUUUGUUGUUGUUACUCUCUUGGGUUCUGAAUCCUCAAAUGAGUUUUUGAAGUAAUGAAUGGGAACUUUGGGUUUAAA